AUGGGGACAUCUUCAUCUGAUUUUGACCACGUCAUCAACCUCUGUGCUGAUGUCGUUGCCCAGACAAAGAGUAAAAUUGUAUCCUACUGGAUAAUGGGUUUCUAUCCUGUUCUAUCUGUGUGUCAUUCUGAGACUGCCAAAGUAGUUCUGAAAUCUUCAGAACCAAAACCAAAACACUUGGGUGGUGGAUACAGCAUGUUUAUAGACUGGCUAGGUGAUGGACUUCUGCUUAGUGAGGGUAAGAAGUGGGAGAGAAAUCGACGGCUUUUGACACCGGCUUUUCACUUCGAUGUUCUUAAGCCUUAUGCUGGCAUUUAUAACAAAGUUUUUGACAUUUUUCUGGACAAGAUGGAGAAAGCGACAUCUGGCGGAGACAGUGUGGAGAUUUACGAUUCCGUUGGACUUGCUACUCUUGAUACAAUGUUACGUUGUUCGGUUUCAUAUGAAGGGGACAUUCAACAACAAGGAUCAAUUCAUCCCUUCGUAGACGCAACACGAAGACUUGGCCAUCUAGCCCAGCUACGUUUGCUGUCUCCAUGGCUGUGGCAUAAGUUUCCGUUCUAUCUAUCUCCUACGGGAAGGGAGUUUUCUAAGCAUGUGAAAUAUAUACAUGACUUCGAUGAAAAAGUUAUCAACGCAAGAAGAAAAUCGUUGGAAUCGGACCCGUCUAUCCUUAAAAAGCGCCACCUGGAUUUCUUAGAUAUCCUCUUGACAGCCAGAGAUGAACAAGGUGUGGGACUAACGGACCGUGAAAUCAGAGACGAAGUUGAUACCUUUCUCUUUGAGGGUCACGACACAACUGCAUCAGCAAUCAGUUGGGGAAUUUAUUCUCUCGCAAAACAUCAGGAGGAACAACAGAAGGUGUAUGAGGAAGUGAAGAGUAUUUUAGGAGAAAGAAAAAACGUGGAAUGGUCUGAUAUUCAGGAAUUCACCAGACUCUCCCUGUUUAUAAAAGAGGCAAUUAGGAUGUACUCGCCAGUUCCUGCCAUUGCAAGAGUGACCACGUGUGAUAUGGAAAUAGAUGGUGUAAAGCUUCCUGUCAAUACUGAGGUCAAUAUUAUGAUACAUGUCCUACAUCAUAACGAAGACGCAUGGAUUAAGCCAGGAGAGUUCCGUCCAGAUCGCUUUACUGAUAAUGGUGGGAGGGAUCCUUACGAUUAUGUGCCAUUCUCAGCAGGACCAAGAAAUUGUAUUGGUCAGCAUUUCGCUUUAGACGAGCAAAAGGUGGCUCUCGCAAAGUUGGUUCAAAGAUUCCGGAUAUUACCAGAUCCUAAUCACGAACCUGUUCCCAACAAAGAAGUCGUUACUCGCUCUAAAAAUGGAAUCUUCAUCAAAUUAGAAAAACGAUGA